AUGGCCCAGGAGCGAAGUCUGGGGACCAUGGCCAUGGCGAAGCGGUUCGACAGCGACUCUUCUGAUGCUGAGAGCGCACGCCAGCCGUGGUGUCCCCGGCCCCCCACGGCGCCUGUCCGAGUAAAGAGAAAGGAAGUGCCACAGCCUCUGCAACAUCUUCCUCCUUUGCCUCCAGUUCCGGUAUCACCAGGGCGUAUGAACGAUAGUGGACCGAAAAGUCCUCUCGAGAGGGUCUGGUCGAAGCGCAAGACUCUGCUAGAGCGAGUAGAGGGUUGGUGGGAUCUUGAUCUGCUCGAGAAGAGACAGACACUCUUCGGCGGGAGAAGAGUUCAGGCGUAA